AUGAGGUAUCUGCUGCUGCUACCCGCAGCAGCAUUAGCAGCAGCAGCAGCAGCAGCAACAGCAGCAGCUUGGAGACCCUCAGAGACAGGAGGAUUUAAGAAUCUAAAUAACUCCAAACGUCUUGAAUGGGGGCCCCCUGGGGGCCCCCUUGGGGGGCCCCUUGGGGUCCCCGAGGAGGCCCUUGACCGCCUCUACGCCAUGAUGCCUCAAGAUGCAGCAGCAGCAGCAGCAGCAGAUGAGAGACACGAAGACACCGGAAGAGGUGCAGCAGCAGCAGCAGCAGCAGCAGAAGCAGCAGCAGAAGUAGAUAGAUACAAUGACGAGCAGCUGCUGCAGGGCCUCCUUGGCGGCAGAGAGCCUGGGGAAGGAGACGAGUCUGGUAUGCUGCAGCAGCAGCGGCAGAAGCAGCAGCAGCAAGAGCAGCAGCAGCAGCAACAGGAGGAGCAGCAGCAGCAGCAGAAGAGGGAAGCAGCAAUGUUAUUUGCACAGAAGCAAGCAGCAAUUCUUGCUGCAUUGAAGGAAUGGGAAGCAGCAGACAAGGAAGCAACAGCAGCAAGAAGGGAGAAGAAGCAGCAAGAGGAGCAGCAGCAACAGCAGCAGCAGCAGCAGCAGAAGCAGCAGCAGCAGCAGCUAGAGAAUUUGCUGCUAGUUGGCCAACUACACUCAGACAUAGAAGGACUAUCAAGGUCAUCCUUACCCUUCCUCCCUAUACACCACACCAGCAGCAGCAGCAGCAGCAGCAGCAGCAGCAGCAGCAGCACAACAACAACUACUACCACGGCAUCUCCAGCAGCAGCAGGAAGCAAAGGAGCAGCAGAAGAAGAUGAUCCUAGCAGCAAUGCUGCCUCGAUAGCAGCAGCAAAGGCAGCAGCAGCAGCAGGAUUGGAUACAAUUGCUUCUCUUGCUGCAGCAGGAAGGGAGGAGUUGCUGCAGGCAGCAGCAGCAGCAGCAGCAGCAGUUUCUGCUGAGGGAUCAGGACGUCUAGUAGAUGAUCUAUUUAAUAAGUUAGGUCCUCCUGUUGUGCUGCAGCUGGAUACAGCAGCAGCAGCAGCAGAAGCAGCAGAAGCAGCAGCAGCAGCAGGAACAGAAGCAGAAGCAGCAGCAGCUGCUGCUGCAGCAGCAGCAGCAGCAGCCAGCAGCAGCAACGUCCCAUCGCUGCUGCUGCUAGAGUCCCUACGAGACACAGCGCGCAGCAGCAUGCACUUUAGGGUAAGGGCUGUCCCUGAUGCAGCAGCAGCAGUAGCAGCAGGAUCAGCAGCAGCAGCAGCAGCAGCAGCAGCAGGACCCCAUUACUUAAUGAGGAUAGAGAGGGGACAAUUAGCAGCAGCAGAAGAUGAUGCAUUUGCUGCUGCUGAGGAGAGACAGAAACGCAUGCAUGCAGCUAUGCAGCUGCUGCAGCAACCACAGCAACAGCAGCAGCAACAGCAGCAGCAGCAGCACCAGCAAGCAGCAGCACUUGCUGCAGCAAAACGUCAUCUGCUGCUGCCUAUAUGGAUAGGGCAGCUGUCCCUCCCUUCCCCUAUUGUUGCUGCAGCAGCAAAAGAUUUGCUGCUGAAUUGGAUAGAGUUAUACCCUGAUGCUCUGCUGCGGCUGCAGCAGCUGCCGCUGCUGCAGCAGCAAGGCCAAUGGUUUGUUGCGCUGCAGUUGCUGCAGGCAGCAGCAGCAAUGCAUGCAGCAGGUCUACAUAUGAAUGCAUUAGGUCCUGCUGCUCCUUGGAUAAGCAGCAACGGGGAUCUGCUGCUUGAAGGUGUUCAUACACUGCAGCAGCAGCAGCAGCCACAGCAGCAACAACAGCAGCAGCAACAGCAGCAGCAGCAGCAGCAACUAUGCGAAGGAGAAGAACUUAAUAUACUAUGGAGGCCCUACCUACCACCAGAGAUGGCCUUCUGUGUUGCUGCUGUAGGUAAGGAGGAGAAGGAGCAGCUGCUGCAGGAGGAAGCUAUUGUUAAGGGUAAAAAAUAA